AUGCCGGCGGCGCCGGCGGAGGAGCUGGCGCGGGCGCUGGUGAGCGUGGGCAUGGCCCCGGAGCACGACUACGCCGGCGACAUCUUCGCCCUCGCCAUGAGACGGUCCGGCCACGUCUUCCGGAGCUGGGACGUGCUGCGCGCGGUGACGGCCGAGAUGCGGGCGCUGGUGGUGGACUGGCUGGUCCAGGUGCACGAGUACCUGGGGCUGGCGGACGAGACGCUCUACCUGGCCGUGCACCUGAUGAACGCCUACAUGGCGGUGGCGCGGGUGCGCGCGCCCACCCUGCAGCUCCUCGGCCUCGCCUGCCUCUUCGUCGCCUGCAAGGUGGAGGAGAGCGCGCUGCCCCAGCCGGCCGAGCUCUGCUUCCUGACGGCGGGCGCCUUCAGCCGCCGGGAGCUGCUGCGCAUGGAGCGGAAGCUGCUGGGGCACCUCCGCUUCGAGCUGCACUACACCAGCCCGCUGCUCCCGCUCCGGCUCCUGGCAGCCCUGGGGGGCUGCGGCCCCGAGGUGUCCCAGCUGGCCGCCUACUUCUUGGAGCUGUCGCUGCUGGAGGCUGAGUGCGUGGGCCUGGAGCCGGCGCUGCUGGCCGCCGCCGCCCUGUGCCUGGCGCAGCGGGUGCUGCAGGAGGAAGAGGGGCUGCGGGGCGCCCCCCCGGCCCCCCCGGCCCUCCGGGGCCCCGCUGACGCCCGCUCUCCUUGCAGGGAGGAGGAGGUGAGCGCCGUGCACCCGGCGCUGGCCCGCGCCGCCCUCCGCGCCGGCGCCGCCAGCCCGCGCGCCGUCUUCCGCAAGUACGCCCGGCCGCGCCGGCUGGGCGCCAGCGCCCGCCCGGCCAUCGCCCGCUCGGCCUACCUGGCCCGCGCCGCGGCGCCCUGA